CAAAGCAAAAAGGGUUUAUUGCGAAAUGAAGAAUAGUCACGAGACACACAUGAGUUCAACCACAUGCUAACUUCCCUCUUCUCUCCGGUGGUGGUCACUCAUGUCCUUUGCCGGAGACACUCACUCCCAUUUCAACGCCGGCGUAGAUCAUCCUUUAAGAAUUGUUGAGUGAUACUCUUUGCGUACAACAAUGAAAGCAGGGAAAUUGAACCAUGAUGAAGAUGAGUAUGAUGAUGAAGAUUUCAAUUCUUCCAAAAAACAAGGCACUUCUUCUGCCCCUAACACCAAUAAAGCAGAUGGGAAAGCUACUGAUAAGGCUAGUGUAAUAAGAUCGAAACAUUCUGUAACCGAGCAGCGAAGAAGAAGCAAGAUAAAUGAGAGAUUCCAAAUAUUGAGGGAUCUAAUACCUCAAUGUGAUCAAAAGAGGGACACAGCAUCAUUCUUAUUGGAGGUGAUCGAGUAUGUUCGAUACUUACAGGAGAAGGUACAAAAAUAUGAAGGCUCGUAUCAAGGUUGGAGUCAAGAGCCAUCAAAGUUGAUGCCUUGGAGAAAUAGCCAUUGGCGUGUCCAAAACUUCGUUGGUCAACCUCCAGUUGUAAAGAAUGGUUCAGGUCCGGUCUCACCAUUUCCCGGAAAGUUUGACGAAAGCAAUGUUAGUAUCUCUCCAACUAUGCUUAGUGGCACUCAGAAUAUGAUAGAUCAUGAUCUGAGUAGGGAUAUUAUCGGAAAAACAAUGGAGAGGCAACCCGAUUUAGCAAGCAAGGGAAUUCCUCUGCCCAUGGCUAUGCAAUCAAACAUGUCUGUUCCUGUCAGAAGUGAUGGUGUACUUUCCCAUCCUCUUCAGGGAACUGUUUCCGAUGCACAAUCAAUAGAAUGUCCCGCAACUAGUGAACAACUGAACCAGCAGGAUGAACUGACGGUUGAAGGAGGGACAAUCAGCAUCUCGAGUGUAUACUCCCAAGGGUUGUUGAACAAUCUAACUCAAGCGCUCCAGAGUGCUGGGCUAGAUCUGUCAAAGGCUAACAUUUCAGUUCAAAUUGAUCUUGGGAAGCGUGCAAACAAAGAGCCAGGUGGCACCUCUUCUCCGAAGGAUCAUGAUAACCCUCUUUCUAGCAAUCAAUCAAUUGCACAUUUUAGAGAUGCUAUCAUUAGAGAGAAUUCAGAUCAAGCUCAAAAAAGAAUGAAAACAUACAAGUGAAUGAUUCAUGUGGCUUUUUUAUGAGCCUACAUUUGCAUGCAGUUUUCUUCCCUUGUGGUGGUGAUUAUUGUGUACAUCCUCCCCCAUUUGUUUGAGUUUAAUUCAUCUCAUGAAGGUUAUUUUAAAGCUGGAAAAACCUUUACUACAUAAUUAUUUGUGGAGAUUAUUAGGUUUCUGCUCUAUUGCCUAUGUCAUUUAUUUUGAUUGUAUCUUUACUAAUUAUGAUUAUUCAGUUUUAUUAAGCUUUUUUGGUUGCAAAUUAAUGUAAAUACUUGGUUAUUUGGUGGGUGUAUCUGGAAAAACUUUGAAGAAAGCAUUUUUAUGAUAUAUUUCUUUUUCAAA